AUGCCAGGAGCAGAUGGAUCUGAUUCUGAUCAUGAGCCAUCGUCCAGGGCCGAAGCACAACCACGAGGAUCCAGCACAGCUGAAAUCGUGCAUGUGGACAACCGAACUAGUAACAACGUGGGUGCACGGGCAGAAGGACGAGGAGAUCACGUUGUCAGGAGCAAUCAAACGACCACAUCGGCGACAGAUUUCAAUGCCGCUGAUGAAGCAAAUGCCCUUCUCGAUCCGCUCAGACGCGUGCUGUGGCCCUACCUCUCUGUUUCUCACACGGCGUCACCAAGACCUCGAUACUAUGCGCAGGUUCGUGAUAGUCGUGGAUCUCAAGAAUCACGACAGGCUCGAUCUACUCCUCGAACAAGAACUCGUGACAAUUCCA